UUGAACAAAUACAUUUAAGAGCAUAACGUUUCACGUUUAUUAAAAAUACUAGUAUAAAUAAGUAUAAAAUAUAUAAAAUUUAGACACUCGGGGAAAUAUUACUUGGUGGAACUACUUAUUUACACCAGCGGUUUGCAGUGCGGAAUUAUUAUUAGUGAACACCCACAGAAACACUGAGGACUGAAGUUAUACAGUAUAGGCGCGUGAGGACCGAGCUGAGGAGGAGAGGAUGAACGUCACGCAGGGCACCGUGGGCAGCGACCCUGUGAUACUGGCCACGGCGGGCUACGACCACACGGUGCGCUUCUGGCAGGCGCACAGCGGCAUCUGCACGCGCACCGUGCAGCACCAGGACUCGCAGGUGAACUCUUUGGAAGUGACUCCAGACCGAAGUAUGAUUGCAGCUGCAGGUUACCAGCACAUUCGUAUGUACGACCUGAAUUCCAACAACCCCAACCCAGUUAUCAAUUAUGAUGGCGUCAGCAAGAACAUAACCUCUGUAGGCUUCCACGAGGAUGGCCGAUGGAUGUACACUGGUGGGGAGGAUUGCAUGGCACGCAUUUGGGACCUGAGGUCGAGGAAUUUGCAGUGCCAAAGAAUCUUCCAGGUCAAUGCACCGAUAAACUGUGUUUGCUUGCAUCCUAAUCAGGCAGAAUUAAUAGUUGGUGACCAGAGCGGAGUGAUUCACGUCUGGGACCUGAAGACAGACCACAAUGAGCAGCUCAUUCCCGAACCAGAGGUGUCUGUGAACUCAGUCCACAUUGACCCAGACGCUAGCUAUAUGGCUGCAGUCAACAGCUCGGGAAACUGUUAUGUGUGGAACCUGGCAGGAGGAAUGGGUGAUGAAGUAACGCAGCUCAUCCCCAAAACCAAGAUCCCGGCUCACAAACGCUACUCGCUCCGCUGCAAAUUUAGUCCCGAUUCCACAUUGCUGGCCACCUGCUCAGCAGACCAGACCUGCAAGAUCUGGAGAACAUCCAAUUUCUCCCUGAUGACUGAGUUGAGCAUCAAGAGCAACAACCCUGGGGAGACCUCUCGUGGCUGGAUGUGGGAUUGUGCCUUUUCUGGGGACUCCCAGUACAUUGUCACAGCCUCUUCAGACAACCUUGCCCGGCUGUGGUGUGUGGAGACGGGUGAGAUCAAGCGGGAGUACAGCGGACAUCAGAAGGCAGUUGUUUGCCUGGCGUUCAAUGACAGUGUGCUUGGCUAACGGACAGUUAUUUAUUACCAUUCAGUAACUUCAGCAUCAGCAUUUCUCUUCCCCUUUGGAAUCGCACCUAUACAUUCAAACUCUCCGUGGUAGGAUUCAAGACCAAGGGAAGCUGCAUUAUCUGCCUCCAAUUUAUGGCCAGAAUUCUGCAACAUCCUAGAUGGUAUUAGUAGCUGUGUGGCUUGGACCAGAUGCAGAGGUAUGUUUGUAUUAUGUGGCCACAAAUAAAAAAAGAAAUUGAGAUGUAAUGUGUCAGUGCUAGCUGCUAAUGCUUGCUAAUGCUAUUACUUUCUGUAAUGCAAGGUGUUUUGUAUUGUCCCCCUCAUAUAUUUUAGCCCUCUGUUGUAGUAUCUCAUCUUAAAUCUUUCAGGUUAAAGAAUCUCUUCUACGAGGCUUUUUUAUCUGCUAUGAAAGUGAAAUCUCAAUAGGAUGGUACAGCAGCCUAGCAGGUAGCACUGGUGCCUUACAGCUCCUCUGCGUUUAGACGUGAAUUUAAAUGUCCCUCGGCCUGUGUGCAGUUUGCAUGUUCUCACCACAUUCAUCUGGGUUUCCUCCAAGUUCUCUGCAUUCCUC